AUGGGAAUAAAUUCCCUGGUAUCUAUUGUGUCUACAACACUCAAGGAAGAUCCAUCACUGGAACCAAUUAUCAAAUUCCUUACUGAGGAUGCAGACAACGCGCCCCCUUCAAUUAGGAAGGCCUAUAGGGACUAUGAUUGGGAAGAAGAUUUGCUAUGGUACCGCAGGAAACUGGUGGUUCCGGACUCAGAACCCCUGAAAGAACAACUCUUGAGGGAAUUCCACAACUCCCCACUGGCAGGACAUCCAGGCCAACAAAGGACGCUUGAACUCAUCAGCAGGAGCUAUUGGUGGCCCGGAAUGAAAUCCUCUGCUAAAGAAUGGGUCAAAUGCUGUCCAGUUUGUCAAGCCAACCAACGCGCGCACGCCCCAGCUAUCUCCCUGAAACCCUUAGAAGUUCCCCCUUAUCCUUUCCACACCAUAUCCUAUGACUUCAUCACAGGGUUCCCCAAAUCCCAGGGACACAACGCCAUACUGGUUGUAAUUGAUUCCUUUUCAAAAUUUGGCCAUUUCAUUCCCACCUUGAAAAAGGUCACAUUGAAGGGUCUAGCGGACUUAUUUGUCAACCACGUCUGGAAGUUACAUGGGCUACCCAUAAAAACCGUCUCUGAUAGAGGUACCACGUUCACCGGGAAGUUCCUCAGGGCACUAUACCAACAACUUGGAAUUAAGCCCGCCUUCUCAUUGGCCUAUCACCCGGAAUCAGAUGGUCAAACAGAAAGGGUCAACCAGUUCAUAGAGUUCUACCUCAGAUUGUAUGUGGCUGCAGAUCACUCAGAUUGGGCCACAUGGUUGCUGCUGGCUGAAUAUGCAUAUAACAACGCCAAGCAUUCUGCCACAGGGAAAACCCCUUUUGAACUAGUUUAUGGAAGAAACCCGGUAAUGAACCCAUCCAAUGUCCCAGCAAACGUCCCAGAAGCAGACCUGGUAGCGGACACCCUUGCACAGGAAUGGAAGGAAGCAGAAUCCGCUUUAAGGAUGACAAAGGAAAGAAUGGCAGGAGUAAAAGGCACAACCCCAGAAUACACUAUUGGGGAAAAAGUAUGGCUAGAUGCAAAGAAUAUCUCAAGCCACGCAUACCGCCUAAAGCUCCCUGAAUCACUGAAGAUCCAUGAUGUUUUUUACGUAGGACUACUUUCCAAAAGCCACAAAUCACCAAACCAGCCAUUCCUGGAACGCCCCCCUCCUGAAACAAUAAGAGGAGAGGAAGAAUACAAGGUGGAACAGAUCAUAGAUUCCAAGAGGCAACAAGGAAAGUGGUUCUACCUAAUCAAAUGGAAAGGGUACGGGCCAGAAGACAACUCUUGGGAACCAGAGGAACUACUGGAACACAGUCAAGAGGAAAUCCGUUGCUUCAACAAGUCACAACUGAAAAAGGCUUGUGACUCCGCCAAGAGCCUUUAA